AUGUCAAUCCAAAUAUUCCUGUCGCAACUGCAAAGGCCGUCAUCAUACUUAGUUUACUUUAAGCCGGAAAGGAAUAAGAAUCCAAAGGUUGCAGUAGUUGCUGAGGACUAUGGAGAACCUGCAGUCGAAUCACCAUCAAAUCCAUCUCCCACUCAAGUGGCUAACUUGGCAGCCAGUGAUAUGUUGAUAACGGUUGCGGCUUACCAAUAUGCUACGCAAGUUAUUCUAGCAACAGCAGUCGUCUUAAUAGAGGAUAACACCGGUAAUCGAUUACCAGCUCGGGCUCUACUGGAUUCUGGUUCAAAAAGCAACUUUAUUACAGAGCGGCUAGUACAGCGGAUGCAAUUUUCUCGUGUAGAUAUUUCGAUACUAGGAAUCGGUCAAACGAAGACCAAGGUAAAGCACAGGAUACGUGCGGUGAUACGGUCACGAACAUCUGCAUUUUCUCGAGAGCUAGGAUUUUUGGUUCUUCCUAAGGUUACGGUAAACCUUCCAAGCACCACCAUCAACACGGAUAGAUGGUCGAUUCCGACAGGAAUUCAACUGGCCGACCCAGCGUUUUUCGAGUCGCAGGUAGUGGACCUCGUACUUGGAAUUGAACCAUUUUUCAAAAUUUUCGAAACCGGUCGAAGAAUUUCAAAUGGUGAAGGAUUACCAACAUUGAACAAAUCUGCAUUCGGAUGGAUGAUAUGUGGUGGUAUCGCGAAUCCGAGCCAAUCCUCACAUAUCAGCUGCAAUGUGUCCACAUUGGAAGGUCUCGACGAAAUGUUGUCUCGAUUUUGGUCAUGUGAGGAGGUCGAAUUAAGCAACCCACUUUCACCAGAGGAAAAACGCUGUGAGGAACUAUUUUUGCAAUCCGUUCAUAGGAAUGCUAACGGUCGAUAUACUGCGGCUUUGCUAAAACGAGAAGACAUAUUCUCUAGGUUAGGCGAGUCUAGAGAUAUAGCUUAUCGACGUUUACAGAGAACUGAACGUAGGCUGGCGAAGAACUUAGGACUACGUGAUCAAUACUCGGCAUUCAUGGAGGAACAUGUAUCAUUGGGACAUAUGCGCAAGGUCGAUGAUGCUUCAUCUGGUUCGGUUAAACGGUGCUAUUUAUUACAUCACCCAGUGAUCAAAGAGUCCAGCACGACUACCAAGGUUCGUGUAGUAUUCGAUGCCUCCUGUAAAACGUCUUCGGGAACCUCACUCAACGAUGUGUUGCUGGUGGGACCAGUGAUACAGGAUGACCUACGCUCAAUCAUAUUACGAAGUCGGACCAAACAGAUUAUGCUCGUGUCUGAUGUGGAAAAAAUGUUUCGUCAGAUCAAUGUUUGCCAGGAAGAUCGUGCACUCCAAUGCAUUCUUUGGCGGAAGAGGCCUACGGAUAAGGUUGACAGGUAUGAACUAGGCACAGUGACAUAUGGUACCAAAUCCGCGCCAUUUCUAGCCACCAGGAUACCUCACCAGUUAGCAUCGGAAGAAGAGGAAAGGUAUCCACUCGCAGCAAGAGCGGUAAUCAAUAAUACAUAUAUGGAUGAUGUGAUCACGGGUGCAGACGAUAUAGACAUUGCAAUCAAACUACAAGCACAGCUAGAAUCUAUGAUGGCCAAGGGAGGAUUUCGACUAAGAAAGUAG